GCGCGUUGCUAGGGGCGGCGGAUGGCGGCAGCGGUGGCGGCGGCUCCUCCAUGGAGACGGGGCUGAGCGGGAUCCGGCAGCCGGCGGCCCAGACGCGGGGACUCCCCCUAGUGGAGCGCGGAGCUUUCCAUGGGGGGAGGUCCAGUUCUCGGGAAAAAAGGAGAGAGGGAGAGAGAGAGAGAGGCUCACGUCGAUGCCAACCAGCUGCGCUUCUGAGUGGGAAACUCUGGACUGAUCUAAUGGCUGGCUCUUUCUUUCAGUGAUACUUCAUUAUCUCUGAAAAUGAACCUUUUGUGAAGCUCUUCUCCUAAUUCUCCUUAUCCCACUUUGAUGAGGCGGCUGCUGUGCGAGGGAAGAAAUGGCACGAAGUAAAUGACUCCGGUACAAAGCGAUCUGCUUUGCCAAAGUGCCCAGUGAGCAGCACUGUCACUUUAAUAAUUCCAGGUCAAGGGAUUUGCUUUCCUCCUUUUCAAUCCUCUCUUUUAAUACAUGGGAGGAUCAGAGGGACGUUAAAGACCGUAAGGCUGGGUGGCUUGCAGAUAAUAAAAAUGAAAGUGACUGGCCGGUGAUCUCUGUUGGGUAAGAGGGUGAUAUUGGAAGGCUGUUGUCUGGUGAGGAAAAAGGGACCUUUUCAGUCUGCUGUGUAAUGGAUACAUAGCUAGCAAAAUCCGUUCAAGAAUUGAAAGAAGUUUAAAGAGUCACUUUGGAUUGCUUUUUGUCUUGCUCCUUAUUUGGAUUAUUUGGGAGUUUUUGUCCUGCAAAUAAUGUGUUCUUGAACAUGUACAGGUGGAGCGUUAAGACAGCUGCCUAGAGAUGGACUGUGCCUUAAUUGUAUUACUUAAAAUCUUUUAAUUUUCAAUCUUUGCUGCCGGAAGAGGAGUUACAAUAGGGUUUUUGUAUUGUCAAGGAACAUUUUCUCUUGUAUUUUUAUAGAAUCAAAUAUAUUUUAAAGAAAUUGAAAGCAUCUCUUAAACAUCCGAAAAGCUUCCCCCCCCCUUUUUUUUUCUUAUUUGUGGGAAACAUCGGAAAUCCAAUACAAGAAAAAACAGCAAGUAUUGCUGGAAAUGAAGACUGAAGCUGCAUUUCCUAACUGAACUGUAAAAGUGUUUUGCACUAGAUAGCCAGUUCCUGACCUCGCAGUGCUCCAUCGUUAAUACCUGUAAAUAAGUGCUUGCAACCAGAUUCAGAAGUAGGAAGAAGAAUGCCAGUCAAGAAGAAAGACACUGACCGAGCCCUAGUGCUGCUGGAAGCAUAUUGUAAAAAACUGAGGAAGCCAGAAGAGCAACAACUGAAAAAAGCCAUCAGGAAGGUGAUGGGCAUCUUUAAGAGCAGCUUGUUCCAGGCACUUCUAGAUAUUCAAGAGUUUUAUGAAGUGACACUGCUAAAUUCCCAGAAAAGCUAUGAGCAAAAGAUAGAAGAAGCAAAAGAAGUUGCAGAGAAAUGGGAGAAGACAACUUCUUCUGCUACAGGCCAUGAAAAUCUUCAGAAAAGCCAAGAGGCUGCAGCCUCCAAUGGGUCAGAAGGAUCUGGGCAAUUUCACAACAAGGAGAACCAGACUUUUGGAACUUAUGCGGUAGACAUGAAGACAAAGCAGAGCCAUGGCAGAUGCCCAUCCCACAAAUGCUCAGUCGAAACACCUGCCUGGAUACCCAUUCAGCACUCUACCAAAGGCCAAGAGGAAGAGAAUCCCACAGGUAGAGGCCUUCAGCUGGGACCUUUCCCUGAAAUGGAAUGGACUAAUGCACAGAAAUACCGUUAUCAAGAUGAGGAUGCUCCACACGAUCAUACUUUGCCUCGAUUGACCCAUGAAGUGAGAGGCCCAGAGCUUGUUCACGUGUCAGAGAAGAACUUGUCUCAAAUAGAGAAUGUCCAUGGAUAUGUCUUACAGUCGCACAUUUCUCCUUUGAAGGCAAGCCCUGCCCCUAUAAUUGUCAAUACAGACACCUUGGACACAAUCCCUUAUGUCAAUGGAACAGAAAUUGAAUAUGAAUUUGAAGAAAUUACGUUGGAAAGGGGGAAUUCUGGCCUGGGGUUCAGUAUUGCUGGAGGAACAGAUAACCCACACAUUGGGGAUGAUCCUGGGAUAUUCAUUACUAAGAUUAUACCAGGAGGAGCUGCAGCAGAGGAUGGAAGACUCAGGGUCAACGACUGCAUCUUGCGAGUGAAUGAGGUGGAUGUGUCAGAAGUCUCACACAGCAAAGCCGUGGAGGCCCUAAAAGAGGCUGGCUCCAUAGUCCGAUUGUAUGUUCGUCGAAGGAGACCUAUUCUGGAGACCGUGGUGGAGAUCAAGUUGUUCAAAGGCCCUAAAGGUCUGGGUUUCAGUAUUGCAGGAGGAGUGGGAAACCAACACAUUCCUGGGGACAACAGCAUUUAUGUCACCAAGAUUAUUGAAGGAGGAGCUGCGCAAAAAGAUGGGAGGUUACAGGUUGGAGAUAGACUUCUUAUGGUAAACAAUUAUAGUUUAGAAGAAGUUACCCAUGAAGAAGCUGUAGCGAUACUGAAGAACACAUCAGAUGUAGUGUAUCUAAAAGUUGGAAAGCCCACCACCAUUUACAUGACCGAUCCUUAUGGCCCACCAGACAUUACUCACUCUUAUUCUCCACCAAUGGAAAAUCAUAUACUCUCUUCUGGAAACAACGGCACUUUAGAGUACAAGGCGUCUUUGGCCCCUAUCUCACCUGGAAGAUACUCACCCAUUCCAAAGCACAUGCUUGUGGAGGAUGACUACACCAGGCCUCCUGAACCUGUUUACAGCACUGUGAACAAACUGUGUGAUAAACCACCUUCUCCUAGGCACUAUUCCCCUGUCGAGUGUGACAAAAACUUCCUUCUUACAGCUCCCUAUCCCCACUACCACAUAGGCCUGCUCCCUGACUCUGAGAUCACCAGUCAUUCCCAGCACAGCACCGCAACACGUCCGCCCACAGUGAGCUUGCAGCGGACCAUCUCCGUGGAAGGAGAGCCUCGAAAAAUCAUCCUCCACAAGGGGUCCACCGGACUUGGCUUUAACAUUGUGGGAGGAGAAGAUGGGGAAGGCAUUUUCGUGUCUUUCAUCUUAGCAGGCGGGCCUGCUGAUCUCAGUGGAGAACUGCAGAGAGGAGAUCAGAUUUUGUCUGUGAAUGGCAUCGAUCUUCGAGGUGCUACCCACGAGCAGGCUGCAGCUGCACUCAAAGGAGCAGGGCAGACGGUAACAAUCAUAGCACAAUACCAGCCGGAGGAAUACGCUCGGUUUGAGGCAAAAAUCCAUGACCUGCGUGAGCAGAUGAUGAAUCACAGCAUGAGUUCUGGGUCCGGCUCCCUGAGGACUAAUCAGAAGAGGUCACUGUAUGUCAGAGCCAUGUUUGACUAUGACAAGAGCAAAGACAGUGGCCUCCCAAGCCAAGGACUCAGUUUUAAGUAUGGAGACAUCCUUCACGUCAUCAAUGCCUCGGACGACGAAUGGUGGCAGGCGAGAAGGGUCACUCUGGAGGGAGACAGUGAGGAGAUGGGAGUUAUACCCAGCAAGAGGAGAGUGGAAAGGAAGGAGCGUGCCCGUUUGAAGACAGUGAAGUUCAACGCAAAGCCUGGUGUCAUUGAUGCAAAAGGGUCAUUCAAUGACAAGCGUAAAAAGAACUUCAUCUUUUCACGAAAAUUCCCAUUCUACAAGAGCAAGGAGCAGAGUGAGCAGGAAACAAGUGAUCCAGAACAACAUGUUUCUUCUAAUGCCAGCGAUAGUGAAAGUAGCUACAGAGGCCAAGAAGACUGCAUCCUUUCUUAUGAGCCUGUCACAAGACAGGAAAUUAAUUACACCAGGCCAGUUAUUAUUCUGGGUCCUAUGAAAGAUCGGAUCAAUGAUGACUUGAUAUCUGAAUUCCCUGAUAAGUUUGGGUCAUGUGUACCACAUACCACACGACCAAAGCGUGACUAUGAAGUGGAUGGAAGAGAUUAUCAUUUUGUCAUUUCAAGAGAACAAAUGGAAAAAGAUAUCCAAGAGCACAAAUUUAUAGAAGCCGGGCAGUACAAUGAUAAUUUAUAUGGAACUAGUGUCCAGUCUGUGAGAUUCGUGGCAGAGAGGGGCAAGCACUGUAUUCUUGAUGUGUCAGGAAAUGCGAUCAAACGACUACAAGUUGCACAACUAUAUCCCAUCGCUAUCUUCAUUAAGCCUAAAUCAUGGGAGCCUCUGAUGGAAAUGAAUAAACGUCUUACAGAGGAGCAAGCCAAGAAAACCUAUGAUCGUGCGAUUAAGUUAGAACAAGAAUUUGGAGAAUAUUUUACAGCUAUUGUCCAAGGAGAUAGCUUAGAAGAUAUAUAUAAUCAAUGCAAACUUGUAAUUGAAGAACAGUCUGGGCCUUUCAUCUGGAUUCCUUCCAAGGAAAAAUUAUAAGUUAGCCACUGCACCUCUGAUUACGACGGGAGAAUAUUUAGAAGAAAACUAUAAUAUACUAUUCGGAGGCUUUCCUGUUUUUGUUGCAUUUAUGUUCUUUGCAGUCAAUGUGAAUUUUGAUGAAUGUACAACACAAAGUGUUUGAAGCCAUGAAGGACACUGAUGGGUCAAAGGGUAGGAACAAAAAGACUUCUACCAUAUAAAGCAAAUCUGUUGUGUGCUGAAAGCACCAGUUGUAGGUAUAAACUUCUGACAUGGAGACCCUCUGUCAAGGGGAGCUAGCCACCUCUUGUGCCCAUGCGGACAUUUUGAUCAAUUUCAAUGGCUGAGCUCAGUGUGUUGAUUGCUUUAAAGAGAAGUUCCCAGCUCUUGAACCUCAUAUAGGGCUUGAUUCUGCAAGGCGCUCAGCACUUGACCCCAAUUCCUACACAUGUGAGUAGCCCAUUGACUUGGAGUUACUUGUGAUCCUUCCCUAUGCCAUUCAGUCCCAUCAGUUCCAGUAGGACUAUUCAUGUGCUCAAAGCUAAGCACGGGCUUAAGCGUUCAGCUAGAUCAGGGCCACACGCACCUUGCAAAAUCAAGCUCAGAGUUCUUGGUCCACUUCCUACUGAAGUCAUUGAUAGGACUGUCUUUGACUUGACUGGGAGGUGGACCCUAUUCUAAGCUUGUCAUUGCACAUUUGUAGUUGGUACACCUCGACUUUGGUAACUAUGCACAUCUUUUGAUUUCUGAAACCAAGUCAAGCAUUUCUUUUUUCCCCUCUGGAAACACUAUUGCAUCAGGAACUAAUAACAAUAUAGUUUAUUUUAAUGGAUUUUGGGGGUGAGAGAGGAUGGAAGCAUUUCACAUCACACAUAUGUGCACACAAAUACAUUCCCAUGUGGACACACACAAGUAUGAGGAUUCACAGCACCUGUGUUGACGAGGAGGGAUACAACUGGGGAACGCUUUAAAUUUUUUGAUUGUCUAUUUUAUCAUUUAUAUUGACAGAAGGCACUUAAAGAUGGAAUAAUUUAUAAAAAUAAAAAUAUAUUGAUGUAUAGAAACUAAUUUCUAUAGGUAAAAAUGUUUUUGUGAGAUAUUUUGUAAAGAUUAAUUAACUGAAAGAUUAAAUAUUUACACCCUUGUGCGACUGUAAAAUGUAAAGAGGACCAUCAAGUUGCAUUAUCCCUUUUCUGUAACAAAUUCUCUAUUACUAAUGACAAGCAAGAUAAUUCCUUAAAUUGUAGUUGUCUGAUUGUUCUUCUCUCAAUCUAAUCCUCUUCCUUGCCUCUAUUUAAUCAUGAUGAACUCCUGUGGAAAAACCUCUUGAACUGACUGCCCUGCAGGACCUUUUCUGAACACAGAAGGAUAAUGCAUCUUUAAAUUGAAAUGGAUGACUUCUCAGAAGCAAGAUGUCAGUGCUUGAGUGCAGUUACUACACUUCACCCAAAAAAAUGUUUUAUGAUUCUUCCUGUUUCUUAAGGGAAAUACCAAAAGUAUUUGAUCUUUCCUCUAUUUGUAGGCAGGCAGGUCACCAACUAACUUGUAUCUUCAUUCAUUUCACAGUCAACAAGGGUCUUAAAAGCAAAAACUGAGGCAAUGGACAUUGCUAGGGAUUUGGGGAAAGUCUGUGGAAUUGCAGUUCAGUGUGCAGAGAAGGGGAGAGGGAGGUAUUUUCUCCUUGUUUCGUAUUGCCCUUCUUUUCUAUACUGAUUUCAUUCUUCAUUCUUACAAGGGGACAACUGCAAGAGGUACAAUGACAGUAAGCUGAAUUGCCUUCGCUGCUGCUGGACCAAGUCUUAAAGAAAGCCCACAAUGUCCUGCUUGCCACGCUGCAGCAGUCUAACACUUAAUAGCUGGUGGCUUCAGCAACCCUAAUGUUUAAGGACGUUUUAAGGGCAAAUGCUAAACAAACUCCUUAGUCACUCAUCUCUUUGCAGCUGACAUUUUUGCACCUGUCCGACUGACAGGCGUACCCAGCCAACCUCUCCAGAGGAUGCCAUGAGCUGGAUGUUUGUAACAUAGCCACCAGUAGUGACGUAGGUAAACAUGUGGGCAUUUCGGUGGCCCAGCGGUGGCCCCUCACAUACUGCCCAGCUACGGUAACUUUGAGAAGUUCACACUUCUUUUACUACUAUUUUUCUUGCCUGGCCAGCACAGAGUUAUAUAGAAGGGAUUCAGUCAAGUCUCCAAAAGAGCUUUGUAACCAGAAGGGCUAGAAACAUUUUUUACAACAUAUAAAUGAAUGAAAGCUUAGAUUUUGGAUAAUUCUGCAGAAAUCCACAGAGUGACCCCAGAUCUUCGGAUGCCAUGGAUUUUUCCAUGCUGGCAAAGUACUAUUGCCCCAGGUUGGGAAAUAGCCCACUGGACCUGAAAAACCAAGUAUCCUAAAGCAGGAACUUCAUUCUAAUUUUCAGCUCUGUUUUUAAGCAAUCAAUCACACCUGCUUAUUUGUUUCUUAGUUCAGCAUGCAGCCUUUUACGGUACUAUCCUUCUAGUAACUGUUUUGCUUUGUCAUGUGCUGUGCUUUAUGGUGAACAAUAACACUAUGGCUGAGUACAAUCAAUUUUUCCAUCAGUCCUUGGUUACUGUAGUAACAUUAUUUAUUUUUCCCUGUCUGUUGUUUGUGCUUCCAAUUUAGAGUUGCCAUUGCACUUCUCUUUUUUUUUUCUUUUUUUUUUUUUUUAAAUAAAACUUAUAUUUAAAAACAAUUCACCAAGAGAAGCAGUAAGAGGUCUUAUUUCCCUUAGGACUUGUUCUCCCAUUUGUUUUGUGUGUUGGCGUUUUGCGUUUCACGUUUCAGCAUCCUCAGAGCUGCAGUUCAUUUUUGUAUUGCAGCUGUUCAGAUCAUACUGGGUGGUAGUGGGAGGAGGAAGAGAAACACGAGAUUCAUGCAAAAUUACAUCUGGUGCAAAAUAAAAAAAUUAAAAUGUCCAAACUCACAACCCACAGCAGUCGGCACCUGAGACCAUAUUGGUGCUAACACAGCUUAGAGUAAUCAGAUUCCUUUUCUGUCCAUGUAAAAGACUAGCAAGCGUCUGAACAUGAGACAAAUGCAAAUGCUGGACCCUUUAGGAAAAGUGCCAGAUCACAUCCCUGGUGCUAUUUCUCAUGUUCUGGCACAGUGUGUAGCACCAUAGGGUCUAAGCAGAACCAAAAUUACGGCAUCUUUUUGUCCACCCAUGAAUGAUCACAAUGACAUCUUGCUAGAUUUGUGCAGAUGUGCAAUAUUACAAACUAUUUGUUUCUCCUUGCCACAAAGCAUCUUCCAUGCACUGACUCAUUGAGAGCUUGCUAACAGGGCUCAGUGAAAAGGCCCUCUUUAUUGGUCUUGUGGUCUGGCCACGAACCAGUGAAAGAGCCUCUUUCUUGCUUAAUUCCCCUUCCUACAGAGGUACCCUGUCCAUGCUAGCGCUUUGUUAUUUCUUUGGUAGUAAAGGUUGUUUCUAGAAUAAUAUUCUGUGAUGUAAUUGUGUUUGUAGCUAGCAUGGUUUGAUGCUCCGGUGUGGAUAGGGUCCUAGGAACCAUUCUGUGAAAGUCAAGGAUAAGAAAUCUCUCCGUUGCACUGAAAUUUCAAAUCCUCAUCCUGGAGAGCAGUCUUGAACCAGAGCUAACAACCACUACGAGCCAGCGACAGUGUUCUAGCUAUACAACAUCCACCAAUCUAUUUACAUCAAUUUUCUAUGGAGAAAUUUUUUGUUUUAUACCUUCGCUGUUACUUGCUCAUAAGCAGUCAGUCAAAUUGUAUUUUUGCUUUGGUUUUCCCUAUUUUCUUUCUUUUUUUUUUUUUUCCCUGACCAGAGGAUUCAGCAAGUGACAACGCAAGAGGACACGUAGAGAAAACAGUGUUAAUGCACAAAAGUCUUGAUUUCUUUUUAAGCUGCAGAUUUAAAGCCAUAAUAUCUGCCAUGUUCACAGAAAAGUGGUCUUUUAUUGUUCAUAGCAUUUAAUCUCAGCAUUUCUUCUCUUGACCAUUUUGUCUGCCAUGUCAUGCAUGCAGUUCACUGUGCAACUGCAUCCAUGUGCUCAGGCCCAUGCAUGCCUUGGUGAAAUAAAUGUAUUUUCCUGCUCCAUCAAAAAACUAGCUCAGAAGUAAAAAUGAGGUUGUCAAUAUAUUAAAAACAAAUUGACUGAUCCUUUGCAGAAUAUUUUAAAGCACAAAUCAGCAUUAAAGUCAACAGUAAACAACAGCUAGAACCUACCCACCACAUAGCCAGCCUAGACCCUCAGCCAGUGGAAUUAUGGUCACUCCAUCAAUUUCAUACAAUCAUAGAAUUGUUUGAGUUGGAAGACACCCUUAAAGGCCAUCUAGUCCAACUACCUGCAAUGAACAGGGACACCAACAGCUUCACCAGCUUGUUCAGAGCCCGUGUAGCCUGACCUUGAAUGUCUCCAGGGACAAGUCCAUCCCAUUUAUGCCAUCUGAAGUUACACGUCCAUUCUCUCUGUUACAUCAGUUUUUUAGCAUUACUCUAAAGCACCAAGGCCCCAUUACUAACAGAAGCUCAGCACUUUGCACCAUUAUUUACUGCCCCUAUUACUGUAGCACCUAGAGGGCUAUGUCCUGGACCAAUAUCCUUUUGAGGCAGGUGCAGUGAAACUGCUGAACACAGGGACACCCCAUGGGUCAAGCACCAUGGCCAGAUUUUCAGAAGGCUUCAGCCCCACCAACAUCUCACCAAAAGCAAUAGGAAUUGCUGCCCCAUUGGCUCUUUUGAGAAUCUGUCUGUAAGGUGAGGAGUGUAAGACACGAGCCAUCAUCUCUCACCCCAUGUUAGCUUACACCUCUGGCCCUGACCUACAGCCCAGGUACCUCAUUCCGGCAUAGAACAGCAUUUCUAAUGAUGGGCGGUAGCCAGCAUCUAGGCAAGAUCAUUGGAAAAAAUAAGAAAAAAAAGAAUAAUACUUUUUAAAAAGCAACACUGUUGGCUCUUAGUGGGAUAGCAACCUUUUCAUUUCUGGAUUUGUAUUCCUACAUUUGAAUCGGUCAGCCCAAAUUUCCGAGUGCAACAGGCUGCACGCAGUGUGCCGCUCUGUCCAGCAUGCUGGCCAACGUGCGUCUCUUUGGCAGGAUGUUUCUCAGUCCAGCUGUAGUGUGGAGUACUCAGAAUCUGAACUGGAGUUUACAAAAUACCCUGUCCAGCUUACACUCCUGUUAUGUGUAAAUACUCUGCGCAUCCAUUCCAUUUGUGUAAAGAAUAAAGCACACACAAUUAUAAAUUCAAGAUGUAUAUUUCA